AUGGACGAGGCGGCAUUUGUAGAAUCACUAUUUGCACCCGAGAUGCGGUCGACUUCAAGUCUUUUGUCAUCGCCAUUGCCAUUCUCUUGUGGUCGAGUAAAGACACGGAUGGAAUCCGAUCGUUCAUUACCUCCAACUAGCAACACGUUCGUGCCUCCUCCACCCAAUUCAUUACUCGGUGGUGGCAUUGCUCUCUCCCAUCUCCAAGCACCUUAUCAGCCAUCAUUAUCCGAAGACGUACCUUUGUUCGUUCGUCUUCAUGAAGACGACAUGUUUAGUCAAAUGCUUACGGACCAAGAUUUUUCCGACUUUCAUCAUCAUUCGACCAAUUUCAAAAAGGAGAAUGAAAAUAUUGUCAAACCUUUAGUAAAUACUAGUUCAUUGGCCUUGGAACCCUUAGAUUUACCUCGAGACAAUGAAAAACAGUGUCUCAACGACUCGACAUCGUUUCAAACUUCUGGGGUGUCAAGACAUGGAAGCUCCUCAUCACAUUCAGCUAGUAAUAGCAUACAUGGCUACACAUUAGAUGGCAAUGGCAUGCCUUUUGGACUCACUACUCCCGUGUAUUUUGCUGGAGAGUUUACCACUUAUCCACCAGCUCGUCAUUCAUGGAUACAAGACGAACAAGGAGAUGUGUCGACAUUGAACAAUAUCAAUUAUCAAAGGGUUCAUACCCUGAAACACAUGAUGACUGGAGUUGGAAUGAUGCAACAACAACCAAGUCCUGGAGCUGUCGAUAUGUUUAAUGCUAUGGCAACAAGUUGUCACUAUUCAGCAUCUCCUGAACUCUGGAUCUCGACCUCAAGAAACGAUCGACAAGAUGUAUCGGAACGCAAAAGGAGGAAACAAUCAUUUGAUGUCAUCAAAACAUUAGUGGAACAUCCUCCUUUGACAAUCUCACCACCGGCUUCUUUGACUGAUAAAGUUCUUAAGGAACUCAUUGUAUCCACUGACUUUGAGACACCAACAGCGUCUCGACAGAAACGAGCACGGAAUGUUACUAGUGACCAAGAUACAGACGAUCAUAGAGCGAAAUUAGCUCGAACAACAUCAACGUCACCAAGCAAAGCUGCAGGCAAGUCUAUCAAGGGGAAAAAGUGUGUCGAGUUUGGCUGUACACGACGUGCUCAGUCCAAUAGUCGCUGCAAAGCUCAUGGUGGUGGGGCGAGAUGUCAAUAUGCAGGACCUGGUGGGUGUAUCCGGAGUAGUCAAGGUGGUGGCUUUUGUCGAGCUCAUGGCGGUGGCAAACGCUGUGAGUUUCCAGGCUGUACGCGUGGCCAACAACGCAAAGGUCGGUGUUAUAUCCAUGGUGGAAUUCGUAAGUGUCAAUAUGGUACUUGUGAAAAGAAGGACCGUGGUAAUGGUUUUUGCAUUUCACAUGGUGGUGGCAAACGUUGUGAACAUCCAAAUUGCUCGCGAGCUGUUCGACGCGGUCUUCAAUGCCAGAUUCAUGAAACACAGUUGAAGGCGCGAGGAGAAACGGUAUUGUUGUAG